AUGGCAAGAGUAUUGCAAAAGCUGCGGAGUGUGGAUUUCUACCGGAAGAUUCCCAAUGACCUUACAGAAGCUACUUUGGCAGGAGCUGGCAUAUCAUUAGUUGCUGCGUUCACCAUUGUGGUGCUCCUAACAGCGGAGCUCAGCAGUUUCCUGGCAAUUGAGACCAAGGAGGAGCUCAUUGUGGACAGAAGUGCACAUGGCGACCUGUUGCGAAUCAAUUUCAACAUCAGCUUCCCUUCACUUUCGUGCGAGUUUGCAACUCUGGACGUCAGUGACGCGCUUGGCACGAAACGGAUGAACCUAACGAAGACGAUCAGGAAACUGCCGAUCGAUGAAGACGGGCAGAGGGCGGGUUACUAUGUACAUGACGACCUCAGCAACGUAGACAUCAAGUAUGAUGAGCCCUCGGUGUCACAGGACUUUGCGCUUCCUCUCAGCAAGGAUAGCUUCAAGGCGACGCUUGAAGCCUACUCUAUAGUGGUGGUUAAUUUCUAUGCCCCCUGGUGCCCUUGGUGCCAGCGGCUGGAGCCGACAUGGGAGGCAGUGACUCAGGAGGUUCACACCAAGUACCCCGACGCUGAUGGCAGGAUCCGAUUCGCUAAGGUGGACUGCACUACGGAGGUGGACUUGUGCAGGGAGCACCAGAUUACGGGCUUCCCUUCCAUCCGGGUCUUCCGCUCAGGCCAUGACGAGGUGAACGUGCAUGGAGUGAAGGAGCACGAGUCAUACCGGGGGGACCGCACCCAGGCCUCCCUGCUGGCGUUCGCCGACAACCUUGCGCCGUCUGCCGGCCAGCCGCACCACUACAUCAGGCAAGCCCCCCAUUCAAACAGGCCACUCCCACAAGCCGCAUCGGCUUUGCGUACGAGUGGGUGCGCUCUGUCGGGCUUUGUGCUGGUCAAGAAGGUGCCGGGGGCACUGCAUUUUCUGGCCAAGUCGCCCGGCCACUCCUUUGACUACCAGGCCAUGAACAUGAGCCACGUCGUCAACUACCUCUAUUUUGGCAAUAAGCCCUCGCCGCGGAGACACCAGUCACUGGCAAAGCUUCACCCGGCGGGGCUCAGCGAUGACUGGGCGGACAAGCUGGCAGGGCAGGACUUCUUCUCACGCGCCGCCAAGGCCACCUUCGAGCACUACAUGCAGGUGGUCCUGACAACGAUUGAGCCAUCCAAGCACCGCCCAGAGCUUAGCUAUGACGCCUACGAGUACACGGUGCACAGUCACACGUAUGACACCGCCGACAUCCCUGCCGCUAAGUUCACAUAUGACCUGUCGCCCAUCCAGAUCCUCGUCAGCGAGAAGCGGCGCGCAUGGUACCAUUUUGUGACAACAACUUGCGCCAUCAUUGGAGGUGUCUUCACUGUGGCUGGUAUUGUGGACGGUCUGGUUCACACCGGCGCCCGAUUUGCCAAAAAGGUCGAGCUGGGGAAGCACACUUGA